GUAUCAACCAUGAGUGGUAGAGGCAAAGGAGGCAAAGGACUCGGUAAAGGAGGCGCCAAGCGUCACCGUAAAGUUCUCCGUGAUAACAUCCAGGGAAUCACCAAACCCGCCAUCCGCCGUCUGGCUCGCCGCGGCGGAGUGAAGCGUAUCUCCGGUCUCAUCUACGAGGAGACCCGCGGUGUGCUCAAGGUCUUCCUGGAGAACGUCAUCCGUGACGCCGUCACCUACACCGAGCACGCCAAGAGGAAGACGGUGACCGCCAUGGAUGUGGUGUACGCUCUCAAGAGGCAGGGCCGCACCCUGUACGGCUUCGGAGGUUAAACCGUCACUGACCCGCUGAUACUCAACAACACAAAGGCUCUUUUAAGAGCCGCACACUCUCACCUCAAGAGACACGUCCUAACACGUGCUUAAUAAUCACUGUUAACGAGUUCUGUGUGAAAAAACAAGUCGGGUGAAUUACAGCUGUAUCAAAAGUGAUAAAAUGGCUGCGUAGCUAAAUGAAUAAGAUGUCGGCGUGUUGAGUGUUUGUUGUUGUUAUUUAAAUGGAGAUAACAUGUUUUUAUAAAAGAUGGCCUUCAUUUCUGUUAGCAAGCAAGGAUGUGACCUGAAAAGAGCAUAAUAUACAAUAAUGUAGCACAAAAAUGUAGUUAUAAUAAUGAAUUACUUUUUUUUUUAAAAUAAUUUUCUGAAGUUAUUUAGUUUAAAAUGCUAUUGUUUAUUGUAAAAAGUUAAAGUAAAGCGAGUCAGAGUAAAUGCUCUUUAAAGAGCCACACACACGUCAUGUGAGGUCACAGUGAAUUAUUCAGGUUAUUAGUCACAUUAAAGGUGAAACAAAUUCUGAAAUGUUUUAUCUUGGUCUCAUUUUUUUUCAACACAAAAACCUGGCAUUUUAACAGGGGUGUGUCAGCGUUUUAUAUCUACUUUGACACACUGAGACUGAGAGCACAGUGACAAAGCUUUGAUUCUUAGUAGCUUGGUGUUAAACAUUGCAGCACGAUGCACAUUUUUUUUAUUUCUAUUUGAUGUUUUUACUUUACAUUGACAUACUUCUGUUUCAUACUCUUGUUGUCACUUGUACACACACAUGUGUCUCUGAGCUCCUUACUUUCAUUUUCACUGAAUUCAUAUAAUAAAGUUCUGAACAUGUUUUUUGGAGGAAUAUUCA